AAAUAUAAAAAGUAUGACAAAAAUUAGAAAAUUUAUUGGAGUAAUAACUUCAUACAAAGAAAAUACAGUAAAAUUUAAACAAAAGCAGUGUUUCUAGAAAAUGCUAUGCGCUUCUACAAUGUUAAUACACGUAAGGGUACGCGCAGUCGCAAAUGAAGAUAGAAGAUAUUAGUUGCUAAAAGAAGGAUGGGUCAUAGUGUUGCGUAGUAGGAAUGUAGUAGGAAGGAAGGUUGUUUCAUUGGUAGUAGGAUUUGUUUUUUAAUCUUAUGAAAGGAAAUAGUACGAUGACGAGUGACACCGGUACACGUUAUUACGUGCGCUGUGCGGGAACAUUGCUAGGAAAUGUCAGGACUAAGUAUACGAUUGGUGACAAUGAAUUGUGAUCCUAGUAGUCGUCCUCGUUUGAGAACAGAAUUGUCAGGCGUUCGUUUCUUUCCUGGUCGUUUACAUUGGUACUCAACAUCAUUUUGUCAACACGGUCAACCGUGGAAUGGCAGCAGCCUUAAAAAAGAAUCAUUCACGUAGAAGGUUGGCCGCCCUAACGUUUCUUUCGAACAUCUCUCUUGAUGGCAGCCACCGCGAUACCAAGUUAGCCGUUCUUUCGCGGAAUGGUGUUGCUCAUACUCGUACCCUCAGCGACAGUCAAGCUCAUCAAGUUGAUGUACGUCAAACUGACUUAAAUGUUUCAUCUGAAGAAGUCCUUGAUGACAGCAUAGAAGAGCAGUUAAUACAUUCAUCAGUGAAGCAGACAAGUUCUCCACAGCUAGUGUCAAAGGGUGGUGAACAUAAUUCAUUUAGUUCAAAUUCUGAUGGGAUAUUAACUCCUGCGAAAGCAGCAGUAGCUGUUUUUCUUGAACAAGAAAGAAAUUAUCCACAGAUUUCUACUGGAUUCCAUAGCUCAUUCAGAGAACGUACUGGCACAACAGGCAGCGAAUAUUCGUUACCUGAGAGGAGAGUAGGUUCUUUGCAAUAUAAAAAGCGCAUAACUCAUCAAACAUCCACACUUUCUGAGGAUAUAAAACAUCAGUAUAAUAGUUCCAAUGAGAGUAUUGGUUCUUUGCGUUCUAAAUCACAAUCUACAAAGUCAAAAACAAAAGCAUCGAGUAAUACACAAUCUGGUGGUACAAACAGCUGCAUUAUACCAGAAGUCACAAGGGAAUUGCGUUUAAUGCAACGCCCUGUGAAUGGUUACAAAUUCGGAGAUGAUAGACUAGUUUUGGUUUCUAAUAAACAUGUGCCAUUUUUAGUGUUUUCUGCUCUUCCAUACAAUAAAGGACAAAGAUCUAGUUGGUCUGAAUUACGUAAAGAUACGAGUAGAAGAAAAAACAUUUCGGCACAGCGGCCACUGUCCGCAAUUAAUGAUAACAUUGAUCCCUUUGGUUUAUUGGGUAUAGAACGAGCUAAAGACGGCCAGGAAAUAUCUUAUGGACAAUUGCUUGUUCCAUCUAGGCAAUUUCAAAAAGAUAAAAAAUCACAUUUUAGCGAAAACGAGGCAAUAGAACUUGUAUCUAACAAGCACCCUAUAGUUUCAAGGACAAAAACUAUUACAUGGAAUGUGGAUCACUCAAAAUGGUGUUUGUCCUAUGAUACAGCCACUCAUCGGGCUCAGCAUUUAACACCCGAAUCUCCGCCGUUGUCCUUUAAUGCGGAUUCUAAAGUUUAUGACUGGGAUGAACAGUCACUGCAAUAUAAUCCCAAUUUGUUAGAUGAUCCAGAACUUAUCGCUGGGAAGCAUAGGACAUUACUUACAUUUACAUCAUACAUGGCAUCAGUUAUCGAUUAUGUCCGGCCAUCUGACUUGAAAAAGGAAUUGAAUGAUAAAUUUAAAGAGAAGUUUCCACACAUUCAACUCACUUUAAGCAAACUGAGAAGUUUAAAACGAGAAAUGAGAAAAAUUGCAAAAAUGGAAUAUGGUGUUGACCUUUUGACAGUAGCAAUGGCUUACGUAUAUUUUGAGAAACUUAUUCUCCGAAAUGUUGUCACCAAACAGACUCGGAAAUUAUGUGCUGGUGCAUGCUUGCUACUUGCAGCAAAAUUGAAUGACGUUAAGGGUGAUGUUUUGAAAUCACUGAUCGAGAGAAUUGAAAGUGUAUUUAGGCUAAAUCGCAAGGAUUUAAUCACAUCCGAGUUUGCUGUUUUGGUGGCGUUAGAGUUCGGUUUACAUCUUCCAACAUGGGAAAUAUUUCCGCAUUAUCAAAGAUUGAUAUAUGAAUCUUGACCUCCUUUUGCAAUGUUUUGUUUUAGAUAAAUAUAAAAUUUUCUUUGCAAGGUCGAUACUUUCAAACGCUUAUGAAAGAGUAUAAUGCCUAAAGUGGUUUUUUUUUAAUACGAGAAACGUAUAAAGAAAGAAAUGGAUUUGAAAAUGAGCAGAUACGAUGCAAUUACGAGAAAGAUCAUUAUUUUAUAAUAAAGUGAAAUAUAUCAAUAACAGUUACAAGCAUUUUUAUAAGUAAGGAGUGUACGAGAAAAAAAGAUAUCAACAUUUUCUUUACAUGCGACUUAAGCUCUUGUACUUAUCACGAUAAAAUCGUUCAACAAUUUGUAAAUUUGUAACUGACUUUAUUUUCUAUAAUAUUUAUGAUAGUAUUUAAAGUAAUUAUACAAAUAGUAGCAAUUGGUAAAUUACAUGUUAUAUUCGUAUAAAAAUAUUACAGACCAGGAUGGAUACCUUUAACAUGUUUUAGGAAAUUAAAUAUGUUUAAGUGUUUCAUUUAUAGUACUUAUUCAAUUUUUAAUUUCAUUUUUAUUUUUAAAUGUGAUUAUAGAAUUGCAUAUAUAUGUAUAUACAUAGUACUUAUUAUAACCGAUAAUUCUCUUUUAACAAUACAGUGACAUAUACAAAAGUAUAGUGUUAAUUAUACUUAACAGCUUAGGUCAUUUGAAGCAGCUGUUAAGAAAAAGCAGAUAUAAACAUUGAAGGUAAUACUGAUUCUUUAAAUUGUACGUAAAAUAGUCGAAAAGAUCACAUAAAAGUGCUUUUUACAAAUUCCACGAGACCUACAAUUAAUAAAAAAUUUUUCAAAACUUUAACUUUGAUGUCGGUCAUAGAAAUUAGAAAAAGCUUCAUGUUCUGGAAACGAAAUUGUAUUGCGCUCGUAAAAAUCAUAUUAUCGAAAAGAAAUAUUUUAAUAUUUUAAUGUCUUAUUUUAAACCAUUUUUAAUUUAAAAUAGAUAUUUUUAUAUUUUUUAUAAAUAUUUGUUGAUCGUAUUAAUGCUUAUGAAAAAUUGUAGAUUAUGGACAAAAAUUUAUAAAUUUUAAGUAUAAACAAAAUUUAUAGAGCAAAAUAAUUAUUGAUUAAUUUAUUUCUUUUAUUGCUUAAAUGGCAUUUCAAAUGUCUUCUUUUAAUAUUAUUUUUGAUUACUUAAUAAAAAUAGGAAACGUUGAACACAAAUUAAAUAACUGAUAUAUAUAUAAUUGAUACGAAGUUUUUAAGUUUUUUAAAUUUUAAUAGAAAGUAGGAAAAUAUUUUAACUCUUUAAUUAUCAUUCUAACAUUCUUGGUGUAAUUAAAAUCUUAAUUUGUUAUUUUUUAAGUGUUGAUUGAUCCAACUAUUUUCUUUUUAUCUAGUCACAACAAAUUUAUAGUUCAUCUCAGUUACUUAAUUUUUCGCAUUAAAAGAACAAAAAUUAUCAUAGAAUCAUUGCUUGAUACAAGUGUCUAAAGCACCAUUUUGUUUCUUUUUCUUCCUUUUCGAACAAAUUAUCCAAAAUGAAAAAGUUACAAUCACUUUUCCAAACUGUUUAUAUAAAUGUAGAAACGUUUCUUACAGCACUUUAAAUAUAUCAUUGUAUCUACGGUUAAAUGGUAAAAGGACUGAAAUGUUAAGUACAUGUACCUAUUAAUGAAAAGAACUACAUAUGGUGUUUAAAAAAACUAAUUAAAAAUGAUUACAAACUCUAUUACUCUAUGAAAAAAUAACGGAAAUCAUAUUGUAAAUUAUUAGAUAAUUGUACAAUGUAUGUUAAUGUCCUUAAGUAUUCCUUGAUAUCCAAAGUAAUACGCAGAAUGGUGCUAUAUUUCUUGGCAUAAUUGCCGUAAUCGUACUUACGUAAUAGAUAGUACGGAUGAAUUUAUUGCUAAAAAUUGUGUUUAUAUAGAUUUGUUAAUACUGGUUAUUUCGUCUAUUUUAAUUGUAUAGUAUCGAGCAAAGUAGGCCUCUCUGUGGAAGUCUCCCUUCGUCCCAUAUGUUUCCUCAAACUCAGAACCCCCUAUAUGUAUAUAGGUCUGGGACUCCCCACCACUUCAAUAUUAAUAUUGUCAACAUUAAGAUUUUGAGGAUUCCUGCUUUUCCUGUAACGACCAUUUUCCAUAGAGAAUUGUACUUUGUUCUAUAUUGUACAAAAAGUACUUAUAAAAAACGCACUAUGAAUUUUUAGUACUAUCAGAUACGGUUUACAGACAAAAAUUUUACUGGAAUCAGUUUUGAAAAAUUUUAUUUACAAUUUAUGUUUUACAAAAUUGUAUUACCUUCAAAUAACUCAAGUACUUACAUGUCUUCUAAAAUUCAUGUAUAGAAAUCGUGUUUUUAUAUUAAUCCCAAGGCUUAUGUUAUUGCGUUAUAUUUCCAAACGAAUUAUAAUAGAGAUACACGUUUGUUUUAUUAUUAUAUAGAAAAAGUUUUAAUUUAAUAUUCCAUUUAAUUUUUUUCAGUUGAAUAAUUUACAUUGAGUUAUAUUUUUUUAUUGUUAUUAAUCAUUGUAAUAUUGAUUGUAAUAUAAAAGAAUAGCAUUGAAAAGGGGAAUAAGUCUCGAAGCGUAUUGUUCUUUGUUUUCUACGUGUAAAAGGGAUUUUAUUGUAUAAUUUCAAAUUUGUUAUUUAUCAUAAAACUGAUACAGGUUUGCACUUAAAGAAAUUUUUUUUUUAGUUUACAUAAUAUGCAGUUAAGUAAUUACAACAAUAAUAAUUAUAAUGUUUAACUCAAACGUGUACAUAUCUCAAACCUCAAAAACUUCUUGCGUGCAUCCUAUAUUAAUUAAAUGAUUAAAUCUUUUUAUCAAUUAUUAUAUGUGAUAGGCAGUGUCAGCAGUAUAGAGUGAGUUUCAAUUACAUUGUAAAGUUUCCUCUGUAACUAUAAACCAAGUUAAACAACACUGUACGUUAAUGUUAUUAUUGUUUGUUUAAGGUUUAUUUGUGCAAAAAAUAUUAAAUACGUAAUAAUUAGUUAUAAAAAUAUUUUAUAGUAGUUAACACGUUGAAUGUCAGUAAAUGAUUCUAUCACGAAAGUGUUUAAUUACAGUCGUUCUGUAUGAUAUUUUUCGAAAUAAUUUAUACAAAGUUAUGGCGUUUCAGGACAGAUCUUAAUUUUGUUUUUCUUUUCAAUUUAAUUGGUGAAAUUGGACCUUGUAAGUAAUUUUUAAUUUAUAAUAGCAUUCAACGUGUUAGUACAUAUGCUUUAUCGAUUAAUUAUUAUCAUCAUGUAAUCUUUGUACAUUAUAAGUGCGAUUUGCGUUUGUAUUCAGAUUUUCGAUCAAUUUUCAAUGUUUGUAAAAACGUUACCGGCAGGGAUAUGAAUCUAAAAUCUGGCUUUAUACAUUUCACAAAAUUUUUACUAUUAUCAGUAACAUUAUAUUCUAACUGUGCAUGGCCACCAAACGUGUUAAAAGUAGAUUGGUAUCCUUGUCUGUAACGCGAUAAGACAGCGAAUGUGAUUUACAAAUACGAACCAAUAUUAUUAGUGAAAGUACUAGUAAUUAGAUGAUAGAUGUAUAUAAUACGUAUUUACACUAUAAUUUCGCAGUCAAAGUAAAUUAAUUUUAUGUUUUUCUUUUAUUUCUCUUAGAUUACACUUGCAAUGUUUGUCAGAAUUAAUUUCUAGUUGGUGCCAUAACAGAUUAAUUGUACAUAUUUUAUUCAAUCAUUUAUAGAUGGUAGCGAAAUUAUGAUUUAGUUCGUACUAAUUCUCAAAAGUGUUCAUUUUUUUUUUUUCUGUUCAAGUUGUUUUCCCCUUUUACGUUAAGCAGCUCUGAUUAAUAUUACGGAAGAGACUUAAGGUGUUGUACAAAAUAGUUCACGUUCGAACAUGUGAUUUUAGUCGUAUUGAGUCGGUGAAGAAGUAAGAUAUUCAGGGUAAUUCGAUCAGUGAUCGCCAAAGGAUUGAACCGUUGAUUGUAUCGUUUAAUAUUUUUAAGUCGAAUCUCUUACAAUUCUUCGAAAUGGGUUUAGUCUGCUAUAAUUGUCAACUUCCAUAUAUAUGUAUAUACACACACGAACACACAUCAAAAAUAUGUACACGGUACUUACGUAUAUACUAUGUACAGUGUAUUCAGUUACAGCUGGGCAUCCUUUGAGGGGAUGGUAAAUUUUCCAUUUACCAAAUUGCUCGUUAAAGUUUAGUUUUCGAAUUAUUAAUAAAAAAACUCAUAAUCAGCCGUAAGAGUGUCGGCUACGAACCGACUUUGACGUCCUGCCAAGUAAUUUGUUCAGGACCUCGGUCGAAUUCGGUUCGUAGCCAACACUCCUGCGAUUGAUUGUGAGUCGGCGCGCUCUGAUUACACGGUGUUUUUCAUUAAUUAAAAAGCUAAAAUAAUUCAAUUACCACCUCCUUAAAAGAUGCCCACCCAUAGCCGAACACCCUGUACGUACACCUAUGUGUUUAUGUACGCGUGAACAUGUAGGGUACAUAUAUAGUUGUACAUACGAGGCAGCAUUAAGACUGAAAACUUCAAGGUGUUAGUUUUCAGUUUUCUCCUUUGAUAUAUUAGUCGAUAAAAUGAAUAUAUAUUAGUCGUUAGAGAAAUGCGAAUGGAUAUAUAUAUAGAAGAGAACGGACUUUGAUACGACACAUUUAUAAUGGCGAUUUGAUAGAAGAUGAAUUAAGAUUCGAUGAAAGGAUCGAUGAUGAAAAAAACUAUCUGCUCACAAGAGAUUUAUAUGUAGCUACGUAAAGUAGUUAUCUUCGUUAUCACGUAUAAAGUAGUUAUCACGUUACGUGAUAUCGUCUUUACUGGUGUAACUAUAAGAUAUUCGUAACUUACGUUCAGUUCGUAUAGUCGCGAACGACCAUCUUCAAUGUGCUACUUCAGUGUGCUUUAGAAGACUUCCUGUAGCUUUUUCGAAAAACCGAUGAAUUUUAAUUGCCUGCGAAUUCAACAUAGUCGUUUUUGUAAUUUAACAUCGUGAUCGAAACUGUUCAUUUGUAAAUUCUUUCAGUGACUGCUUGGUAAAUGAGAUUCAGCUUAAACGCUUUUAUUUUUCAGUUAAAAUUGCAAAUAUCGAAUGUUGAAUUUAUUGAAAAUAUUUGGUUCAUAUGUCGGUCGUGUAUCACAUACAAAACACGUUUGGCAGGCAUUGAAAGAGUUCACAGAAAUAAGGUUGGAGUUACAUGCACUCACGUACGAUAGUCUGUCAAUUACAAAAUAUUUUUUCUUGUAAUAUAAAAUAGUGUUUUAGCGCGUUGUGAACAGCGAUCAAUAGUUUGUGUACGAAUCGUUUUCAUACUGAACGUUUCGUUAUGUUACUUGCCCCUUUAUAGAAAGAAGUGGAGAAACAAUGUAUAAAUAAAAAUAAAUUGUGAAAUCAACCAUU